UAACCAACGUCAAGGUCUCAUGGAGGAAGGACGUUACAGUCUCAAGAAGCUAGAUAGGAUAAGCAAGUAAUAAUAAUGGCUUGUGUAUGGAGUCCCUGUGAGGAAGCCGGAGAAGAAAGCGCGGUUAUUGUCAAAUUCUCAAACGGACUCGUGAAAGAUACCGACCAGCUAAACUUCCAGCUCUUCAAACACGUCGAUGGAGCCAAUCCAAGGAAGAAAAUGCGGCGGAUUGUGGUGGCAGAAUCCGAGAGAUUGUCGUAUGUUGGGACCAACUUUGGGCCCGGCUCCUUACAGUGCAACAACUUGUGCAAAUAUUUUGUGGGGGUCUUAGAUAAAAGGAACAAGAUAAUGAAGGUACAGAGUGCUCAGCUUUAUAACCUGCAGCCCAUUAUACCAGGAGAAAGUGAAGCAAAUGCUGAACAAAACAAGACCCAGACUUACAAAGAAAGGGUGGACGCCCUUAUCGAGGCAUUUGGCACCACAAAACAGAAGCGUGCACUGAGUUCCCGGCGGAUGAAUGAGGUGGGAGACGACAUGCUGCAGAAGGCUGUAGCACGUGCUGCCAAUACCAUCAUAGAGCGAAAGGGCCUAGAAGCAUUAGAGCAGGAGGUUGCAGAAUGGCAGGCUGAGACGGAGUCCACUCCUUUUCUCCCGCUAUGCAACAGGGAUGCAGAGAAGCCAGAGGACGUUUACCCACUCAAUGGCCUCCUGUCUCAAGUCGAGUUUGAGUUGCUCAAGGAUGUCGGUGAAAAGAUGGCACGACUGACCUCAGAAGACCUGAAGAUGAAGGAGCGCGACAUUCCCAUGUCUGUGCUGAGGCACCUGCAGUCCCUCCCCAAGCCAGCUAAGGCUCGGCAGCAGCAGGCCUGCUGUGCCUGGUACCUGGCAUUCCUCAUCCGCAUUGCCAAGCAGAGAAAGCUUAACCGCAAAUUUGAUGAGGAUAGCUGUCCCCGUGUCAUCUUCAAUAAAGUGCAGAAAAACUUCACCGUGGAGAAAUUUGAUAAUGGAAGAUUGAAGAGUACAGUGCCAAAUUCCAUGGUGGUGAAGUUAGCCUCCCACUGCCUGGCCCUGCUGCUUCAUAUGGGAGACCAGACGGCUGACCUCACACUCCUACACAGAGACUUGACCAUCAGCGAAGUCAAGAUGAUUGAGUUGGCGAAGGCCAUGGGGUUGAAACUGUCCCGACAGCCCACUUUCACCAGCUUGGAGGAGUCAGGAACAUGUAACGAACACAGGAUGGCCAGCCUGGAGCUGCCGCUAGUGCGCUAUGAGCACCGCCUCCAGAACAGGAAGCGCAAGAAGAUGACCUAGAGUCAGCCAGCGGUGCCUCAUGCAAGGCAGGCCCACGGUCAGCCUUUGAUGGGUUCAGGGUUUAUACUUUUGCUUUUUAGAUUUGUUUUUCUGGGGUUUAAGUAAGAUGUGUUCUAGAAUAAAAUAUAGAGCAACGAAAAUACAGGAACUACUGCCUUGUUUGUAUGGUGCAGCCAAUCACGUUCACUCUUGUAUUAAGUACGAUAGCUGUAAAUGGUUGCAUGCACUGUAGAAAGGUCUGGUUCUUCUGGCUUCUUGAUUUGUGUGGUGUAUGCACUCAAUCACAUGUGACCUACACAACACCAGAAUAAGGGUGAUUAUUCCUGCUUAUAACAAGCAACCAAGGGAAAUCCAGCCUCGUCCUCUCUCUACAAUCAUUUCAUUCUCUAGAAGGUGCAAAUGUCAUGCUGCUAAAACUAGGCUACUCCUAUUAAUGGGGAACAAGUGAUUUGAAGAUCAAAUGUGUCUCAUGGUAAUUACACAAAAACGUCCAUGUCACCUCCAUACACAACUGAGAUUGUUAAAAGGAAAAAUAGGAUAAAAUGACUUUGGAUUUUAUUAAAAUUCCAGGUUUUGACUCUUUUAUAAAACAUUUUUUUAAGAAAUAUGUUUUGGCUCAGAACAAUCCUAAUGAGUAAAGGUAUAAACUGCAUUGUA